AUGACCCAUAUGGAAAUGAUUAAAGCAAUCAAAGGUCAUGGCUACCAUGAUGAAUUGGUUAUUCCUAUCAUCGAGAACACUCCUUAUGAGUAUGAGCUCACUGACUCCUUAAGUGAGGCGAUUGCAGCAUACCCAAAGGCAACGGCUGUCCUUGUGCGAAACCAUGGAAUAUUUGUGUGGGGUGACUCCUGGAUCAGUGCCAAGACACAGGCUGAAAGUUAUCAUUAUCUUUUAGAUGCCGCCAUCAAGCUCUAUCAAUUAGGUAUUGAUUGGACAACUCCUGAACAUGGUCCAAUAGCAAAGAGACCACACAAAACUUUGAGCCCUGGAAUUUCUAAUGGAAGUCAUGCUGCUGAAUCACCCGUGCAGUGUGUUGUACUUGACAUUGAGGGCACAACCACUCCAAUAUCAUUCGUGACUGAUGUUAUGUUCCCUUAUGCCCGUGAUAAUGUACGAAAACAUCUAACUUCUACAUUUGAUUCUGAAGAAACCAAAGAAGACAUCAAACUAUUGCGCCUACAGAUUGAAGAUGAUUUAAGAAACAGAAUUCUUGGGGCUGUGCCAGUUCCACCUGAUGAGGCUGGCAAAGAAGAGGUUAUCGAUUCGUUGGUCUCUAAUGUUGAAUCGAUGAUUAAAGCAGACCGAAAGAUUACAUCACUGAAACAACUUCAGGGUCAUAUAUGGAGGACUGGAUUUGAAAAGAAGGAAAUACAAGGAGUACUCUUUGAGGAUGUUCCCGAUGCACUAAAGAACUGGCAUUCUAGUAACAUAAAGGUUUACAUAUACUCAAGUGGCAGUAGAGAGGCACAAAAGCUUCUAUUUGGCAACACAAUGUAUGGUGACCUACGAAAGUUCCUUUGUGGAUAUUUUGACACCACUAUCGGGAACAAAAGAGAAACUAGGAGCUAUUUUGAGAUCUCUCAAUCACUUGGGGUCGAUAAUCCAUCUCAAAUCUUAUUCAUAACUGAUGUCUUCCAAGAAGCCAUUGCUGCAAAAGACGCUGGUUUUGAGGUGGUAAUAUCUAUCCGUCAGGGAAAUGCUCCGGUUCCUGAGAAUCAUGGAUUCCGCACUAUCAAAUCGUUCAGCGAGAUCUGA